AUGGAUAAAUUACUGAAAGGUAUAAUGAAAUACAGAAGUACAAAAAAAGAACAAAUGGUGCAACAAUUUUUACAAGUUAAAGACAAUCCAAAGCCAAAAGCCGUAUUUUUUAGCUGCAUAGACAGUAGAAUGAUCCCAACAAGGUUUACACAAACUAAUGUAGGAGAUAUGUUCAUAGUCAGAAACGCUGGAAAUAUAAUCCCACAUUCCCAACACUUCUUGGACGAACUCACCACAAAUGAGCCUGCAGCACUAGAAUUAGGUUGUGUGGUGAAUGACAUAAGGCAUAUAAUCGUUUGUGGACAUAGUGACUGCAAAGCUAUAAAUCUAUUACACAAACUACAAGACAACGAAUUCGCAUCUCUGGAAAACCGUAGGAAAUCUCCGCUUAGAUCAUGGCUGUGUACUCAUGCACUAUCGAGUUUGGAAAAAUUCCAACAACUCCAGUUAACUGAUUACACCAAACCUUUGAUUUUCCAAGCUGAAACUCCAAUGAGGAGGUUUGUAGCCUACAUAGAUCCAGAAAAUAAAUUCAAUGUAGAGGACAAACUUUCCCAAAUCAAUACAUUACAACAGUUGCAAAAUAUUGCAAGUUAUGGAUUUUUGAAAAAGCGCUUGGAGAGACAUGAAUUACACAUUCAUGCAUUAUGGUUUGAUAUUUAUACUGGAGAAAUUUAUUAUUUUAGUAGAGGUGCGAAAAAAUUCGUUGCUAUAAAUGAGGACAAUUUACAUAAAUUACUAGAAGAGGUUGAAACAUACUAUUCAUAA